ACUUGAUAAUGACUAGGCUAUAAAGUAUCAAGUAUCUAGUCUAGAGUAUAUAAUAUACUAUUAAAUAUACUAUAUAAAACAGACAGUAAUUAAUUACUUAUUAUUUAUAAGUUUUUAGUUUUGUAAAUUAGUAAAUAGUUAUAAAAUAUUACCUGUGAACAGAGGUAUCUCAUAAUAAAUUAUAUUAUUCAUGGUGUUCAUAUUUUACUAUACCUAAGUCAUUAAUGGAAAUUUAAAAUUGUAUUUUUACAAGUCUAAUUAACUGUAACAAUUGUUACACAUUAUUAAAGGUAAUAUUAAGUAUCUUAACAGUCUAAAUCAUGACCACAAUCACCAUUCCUUGGAUUCCUAUAACAUUCACAGUAACACCUAUGAUAGGUGGUUUCAUUGGAGGUAUUUUUGUUCGCAAAAACAUCAAAGGAUGGUACGAGACAUUGAAUCGGCCAUCCUGGAGGCCUCCAAAUUAUAUGUUUGGUCCAGUUUGGACUACUUUGUAUUUAGGAAUGGGAUAUGCCUCAUACAUGGUAUACCGUAGUGGAGGUGGAUUUUUUGGUGCAGCAAAAAUUCCUUUGGCAUUAUACGCAUCACAAUUGGUAUUGAAUUGGGCAUGGUCACCUUUGUUCUUUGAGUUUCAUCAGUUAAAAUGGAGUUUAGUUGAAAUUUGUGUAUUGUGGACAAACGUAGCUGGUUGCAUUGUAACAUUUUAUCAAAUAAACAAAGUGGCUAGUUAUCUUAUGAUUCCGUACUUAGGUUGGUUGUCGUUAGCAACAGCAUUGACAUAUAACAUAUAUAAAAAUAACCCCGAAAUAUUAGACAAAGUUAAUGAUGAAUAAUUUUAUUUGUAUUACAAUGAGUUUGUAUAAUCUUAUUUUUAUUAUUAAAAUUUAAAUUGUCAUCAUAUGGGUAAAUGGUUCUAUAAAUAUAUUAUGUUAAAAUCUGUUAUUUAUUUUUAUAUUGUAAUAUAAUUAUUAAAAAGUCACAGCGCGUUCAAUACCAAAACUACCUACGUGAAUAAAAAAGGUUGUGUUUAGGUUAGUAUUAGAGGUAAUUUAGAGCUGAACAUCUGUUAACAUUUUCAAGAUAAUGUGAUUGAUAAUAUAAAUUAUAUUUAUGACAGCA